AUGAAGUUUCUCUGCCUCCCCGGGGCUUAUGGUAGUGCCAAGAACUUCCGUGUUCAGCUGGGACCCCUGGCGGACGAGCUAGAGCGGCGAGGACUAGCGACUUUCGCCUACAGCCAAGGGGCUCACGAAGUAGAGCCCCCGGCCGGGUGGGAAGACUACUUUGGAGCCCGGCCGUUGUACCGUUUUCUCGACACCCGCCACGGGGACAAUUUCGAGAAUCUCCGUCGUCUCCGCCACAUGCCGUACAGCAUCAAUGCCGAAGACGCCAUCCGCAUGUUUCAAGAUACUGGCAAGGGUGAUGACUGGCACCAGCCGGUCUGGCGUGAGGCCAUGGACGAUGUUAUCAAGAAGGUCGACGAACAUCCCGACGUCGACGCCGUCAUUGGCUACUCGGAGGGCGCCAUGGUCGGUGCGAGUCUGAUUGUGGAAGAGGGCGAGCAGGAGCGGCGGACCGGCCGUAAACGACGUAUCAAGUUUGCCGUCUUCAUUUCCGGUUCACCGCCCCUGAAAUUCGAGGGCGAAGACCGCGUUGUCGCCCUGCUCGCGGAUCAGUCGGGCGUCGUCAUCGACAUCCCUACCUUCCACAUCUUUGGUUGCAACGACGCUUUCAUGGGCGGCGCCGUCGCCUUGUACAACGUUUGCGACCCUUCAAAGUCCGCCAUGUUUGAUCACGGACUCGGGCACAUUGUUCCCCGCGACGCCGAGAAUGUUCGCAUGUUGGCGGAUAUUCUCGAGAAGUUGAUCCCCGAGGUCGAGGGGAGGAGCAGUCGGCAAGGAGAAACCGAGUCGGAGACUGAUAAAAGCACGGCUGGGUCAGAAACGUCGGAAUCAAGUGCUUAA